AUGGCAAACAACCACUAUUGGCAGAUUGCCUUCAAAGUGCUGGCCCAACGCAGUUUCGGACCCGGUGAACGCAGAACCCAAUUCCUGCUACGUCUACAGACCCGAGAGAGGGCGGUUAUGUGGGCUCUGGACACGCCACCCAAAGAGCACACUAACCUCUACGGUGUGCACAAAUUUUUCCUCGGGUUGGCCGCGGACGGGACAGCCUUUGGUAUCUUUUUGCUGAAUUUUAACGACCAGGAAGUGGAAUUUCAGCCCAUGCCGGCCCUCACUUACCGGACCAUUGGCGGUAUCCUGGACUUCAUCAUAUUUUUGGGCCCACACACGCAGGACGUUGACAUCGAUUACAUAGACGGCAAGAGAGACUGGACCGUAGAUCCCGUAAGAUUUGCCGGCCUUGGAGACUUUAUCCGGGAGACGAUUCACGGCCAGAACGAUAUGCGCGCAGUGAUCAUAUUCGAUGCAGCUAUUCAGGCCAGCUUGGAGUCAAACUACGAGGUCUACUGGGACGGCCUACGCAAGGGAGUAUAA